AUGAAUUUUGAAUCAGAUUAUUUACAAAAUUUAAAUUUAGAUUUUGAUUCAUUAAAUAAUAAUGUAUCUCCAAAUCUAAAUCAAGAUCAAUUACAGCAAGAUUUAGAUUUAUUUAGUAAAGCAGCUAAUGACUUCUUUGAUUUAGAUGUUUUGAAUAAUAAUGAAAUCAAACCUAUUAAACCAGUAAUUAAGGAAGAAGAAGUAGAACCUCAAAAUAACUUUUAUUCACCAACAGCUGGUUAUCAAUUUUUACAUCCAUCACCACCUCAAGAAAUUACUCAACCAAAUACAGGUAUUAAAAGAUCACAUUCAGUUAUAUCAACUCCAUCAAGUGUGAAUACACCAGCAUCUAAUUCAACUCCGCUCACUGCUCAUUUUGCUGCAGCUGAAGAUAAAAGAAAAAGAAAUACAGCAGCUAGUGCUAGAUUUAGAAUUAAAAAAAAAUUAAAAGAACAAGAAAUGGAAAAAAAAUCAAGAGAUUUGGAAGAAAAAGUAUCAGUAUUAGAAAAGAAAUUGAAAACUAUGGAAAUGGAAAAUAAAUGUUUAAAAUCAAUAAUCUUACAACAAAAUGAACAAAAAAACGUUGAUUUACUAGAAUCAAUUAAAAAAAGAUCAAUUUUGGAUUCAAAUAUUCAAUUUGAAUAUACCAAUUAA